AUGUCGCUGGAAGAGAGCAUCGAACGAUUCUGGAAGACAGAUUCAUUAGUGAUGAAGGAUGGCUACUCGCCUGAGGAACGAAGAUGCGAGCAGAUAUUCCGUGAUACAACGGCGAGAAAUGAGACUGGGCGUUAUAUCGUACGCUUACCCCGUCAUCCCGAUUUCGGCAUCAGACUGGGUGCUUCCAAGGUAAGCGCAGUACGAAGAUAUGAUCUGUUGGAGAGGAGAUUCGCUAAAAAUGCAAAGUUGAAGGAAGAGUACCAUGCGUUUAUGAAGGAGUAUCUUGAACUCGGGCACAUGAGUUUAGUUCGGGAUGGAGAUGCAGUACCUGCUGAGUCGUAUUAUUUGCCACAUCAUCCUGUGUUCAAGGAGUCUAGCACCACAACGAAAAUCAGGGUCGUGUUCGACGGUUCUUCUAAAACCACCAGCGGGUACUCGUUGAAUGAUGCUUUGUGCGUGGGACCAGUGGUGCAGGACGACUUGCUAGAUCAGCUUUUGCGGUUCCGCACGUAUAAGGUGGCAUUAGUUGGCGAUAUAGCAAAAAUGUACCGCCAAAUACUUCUUCAUCCUGACGAUCGACCGUUGGUGCGAAUCUUGUUUCGCUUCGAUCCGCAGCAGCCGGUGCAGACCUACCAGCUGAAUACUGUUACGUAUGGUCUCGCACCUUCAUCCUUUCUCGCUACGCGCGCUCUUAUUCAGCUGGCUGAUGAUGAGGGUAAUGCAUACCCACGAGCGGGCCCCGCUCUACGAAAGAAUUUUUACGUCGACGACUUCAUCGGUGGGGCCCAAUCAGUUGAGGAAGCCACCUGCCUACGAACUGAAUUGGCUGAGCUACUACAAAAGGGCGGAUUUGAGCUGCGGAAAUGGACGUCGAACUGUGUUGAUGUGGGUUGA